AUGUUCUUAAAUUGCUUAAUCGUCUUACUUUGCUUCAAUUUUAGUUGCUUGUGUUGUGUCACCAACACCAAAAUGCAGAGUACAAACCUCUUCCCUCAGAAGGGGGAGCUGAGGGCGGUUCUCACAGAACCUGCCAGUAACAGGUGGCCGGCCGGGAGGAACCUGCAGCGUUCCCGCCGCCGCCGCCUGGACUCGGGGCCGCGUGGGCUCCCCAACUCCGUCCAGCCACUUCCGGCCGCCCACACCCCCUCCGGUGGCCACGCACCCUCCCUGCUCCCCCAAGCUCCCGCGUCGCGGCGGCCUGAAGUGCCCCACCACCUUCCCGCUCCUCGUUUCCGCUCAGCGCCGCGGGCCUCGGCGCAGGCUGGGAAGCACCGGGAGAAGCACGUGCCUCUUCUCGAGGCCUCGUCACCCGGGCGGGAACUCCCGCCGGGUCUCCACGAGCCCUGCCGCUGGUCCCACAUCUACCUGAGUAAGCAGGCGCCGAAGCUUCUAGACGCCGCCGAGUGGCCGGGGCCACUGUGA